GGAAACACUAACAAACAUGGCGGAUUAAAUUUGCUGUGAGGAAAAGUGAUUGUGGGAAGAUAUUCUUGCCGAGGUGUUUCUGAGUUGUUCAUUAAUAAGGUGAAAUGGACGAAGAAGACAGGAACAGUCCCUGUGAUGUGGCCUCAGACAGCUGUGGACUGGUGGGUGUCCACCUCAGCACUGAUAAGGACUCUGAGGAUGGAGGUUCAGACCAGGAGCCUGCUCUUCCUCCUGAUUUGGAGUGGUUGGAUGAAUUGUCUGAAGAGGACGAUGGUGAUGGUGACCUUGCAGUUGUGGCUGAUUAUGGUAAGAAGAGGAGUUAUGCCGAGACAGCACGGAUGUUCAAGCUGAGACGAAACCUGGACCAGCUGGACUGCUUUCACCGACAGAAGGAGCAUGACGUGCUGAAAGCCAGAGAAGAGCUCAACCUCUGUCAUCAGAAUAUUGAAAGUUUGGUAGAGCAGAGGGAUAACUUGGAGAAAGAGAUAGGGCGACAGAAAACAGAAGACAACAGUGUGGCAGUGUUCCGUUUACGAGCACAGCAUAAACUUCUGUGUCAGAAGCUGCAGAGUGAAGAGGAGCUGGAAGGCCACAUCAGCACCGAGCUGAAGCAGCUAGAACUGGAGCUGAGUGAGGUGGAGGUGGAGCUUGGCAGGUUCUCCUCACUUCGGCAGCAGGUGCAGGAGGAGGAGCGGGUCUUCCAGGUCCUUAAGGCCCAGAAGGCAACAACAAGGCUGCAGCAGGAGAAACAAGCCAGUCAGAACCUGAAGGUCAAGAUGCAGCAUCUCAGAGAUAAACAAGCAGCGAUGAUGAAGACAGAGGAGAGUGAAAGGCAGAGGAAAAUUGAAGAGCGCCGGGCGAACCGCAAGAUAACUGCCAAGUACUUGAAAGAGACCAUUAAAAGGAUGCAUCAGCAAGAGGCUGAGAAGGAGCAACAGAACAGGGAGUUACUGGAGAAGAGGAUACAAGCUGUCAAAUCACUGAAAUCUAACAUAGCAGCCACACAAGAGAACUUACGGGUCCAACAAAGCAGAGCCAAAGCAAAUGCCCAGAAGAAAGAACAGCAACAGAGACAGCUGAGAGAAUCCCUGCAGGCCCAAGGCAUCAACAGUAUCAAGCAUAUGUACCAACAGAAACAACUAGAGAGGAUAAAACGAAAACAAGAGGAAUUUGAAGAGAGGCAGAAGUCAAACAAGGUGGCGAUUGUGGCAAAAAUCCUUCAGGAGGAACAGCUGGUAAAGAGCAGGAGGAGGCAGCAGGAAAAGCUGCCGAAACUCUCAACUACUGACCAGUUCCCUUCUCUGGGGAGGAUGAGAGAGAAGCUCCUGUACUACCUGGAUCCCAACCCCCGACCAGCCUCAGAGGAGAGAGCCACAGCUUUAAGAGAGGUCAGUGACAUCAGCAGCUCAUCAUCAGCCCCCUCUGACGACGAGGACCUGGAGGACACCCUGCACCAGGGAGUGGACCAGCGAAGCCUUGCUGACAGCCUGGCUGAGCCUGAGUUCUCUGGGCUGUGGGACCACAACUACAAGAAGCUCCUGAAUGAGAAGACUACACUGGUCCAGACAGAAGUAAAGCAGGAAGAGCCUGCAGUGGCCAGUGGAAAACUCAACAUGUCUGCCAAAAAAGUUGAGGGAAAAGAGUUGAAAGGAUCUCCAUUCAUCAGUAAGCCAGAGGUCAUUCUCUUCAAGGACUUUGAAGUGGGGAAACUCUAUAAGAAGAAAAUUGUUCUGACUAACAUCAGCUAUACCACUAACCACUGCAGGCUGCUUGGAGUCUCUGCUCAGCUGAAGGAUUUCAUCUCUAUCAACUUUGAGCCUCCUGGUUCCUUAUCUGCCGGGAUGUCCUGUGACAUGCAGGCUGUUUUCCAACCAAUGAUCAAUGAGGACCUGGAGGGAGAGGUCCAGUUUGCAUCAGCAGUGGGUCCCUUCUCUGUGCCGGUCAGAUGCACCAUAAAGAAAUGUGAUCUGGAGGUUGACAGCCAGUUAAUUGACUUUGGUUCACACGUGGUGGGCCAGACUAUUUCACGGACGAUCACCUUGACCAACAAGGGCGCGCUGGGCACCCUCUUCAGCCUGGACACCUCCACAUGUCUCAGUCCAGAAACUAGCCAUGUCCAGAUGCCAUCUCAGGUUUCUGCCCACACAAACCAGGAGAUGAGCCGUCAAAACACAACAUCUGACAGUCAGAGGAGCUCUGCAUCCACAGAAAUCCAAUCAAAUCAAGAGAGUCAAGAGCUCUCAUCGCAGCAUGAGAAGCCAGGUGAAGUGUCAGAGGCUUCAGCUGCAGGACCAGAAGCUCUUCCUGAGGUUCGUGUGACCACCGAUGUGGAAGCCCAGGCAGAGGAGUGCCCCUUAGACUCAAAUGACAUAAGUCUAGGAAAUGUUAGAGAGGGAGAGAUCGGACCAUUUGAAAGUAUCAAACUGGAGGUUGUUUUCACGCCAACUAUUCCAGGAGAGGCCAGACUGGACUUCCACAUCAAAUUCUCUAACUUAUCCAGCAAACCAAUACCUGUCCAGGUGAUGGGUACUGCAGUCAGCGUCCCUGUGUGGGUGGUUGAGCCAAGCAUUGAUCUGAAGAUCUGCAUGUUUGACCGCCUCUAUCAAGACAGUAUCAUGGUGCAGAGCAGUGCCAGCACAGCCCUGAAGGUGACCUUUGAGGUGUGUCCGGAAAUGAGGAGACACAUGGAGAUCUUACCAAAGACCGGCUUCAUCCAGGCUCAAUCAAGCUUUAACGCCCAACUCAAGUUCCUGCCGAGACGCUCCUUAUCCAAAGAUGCACAGAAGUUUUUUGACAGUGAUACAGGAGUCCUGGAGGUUCCAAUGACAGUGGAGGUAGCAGGCCAGGUGCAGCCCGUCCUCUUCACAGUCCAGGCUGUCGUGACUCCCUCAGACCUGCAGUUUGACCGGACUGAGGUGGACUUUGGAUGCUGCUCCAUUUACCAGUCGGUCAAGAGCAGCGUUCGCCUCACCAACCUGUCUCUCCUGCCUCAGGACUUCGGCUUCUUGAAUGUUCCAGAGUUUAUUGAGGUCCAGCCCAAUGAUGGCUUUGGUACUCUGCUCCCACAAGAGACCCUGGAGAUUGAUCUGAUUUUCAGUCCUAACAAGGCCAAAGAGUACAGUUUCCAGCUCUACUGCAAGUCUGGAAUUAACAGAGAUUUCCUGCUGUCCUGUCGAGCGGUCGGCGUUCGUCCUCCACUGCAGCUCUCACAUUCUCUAGUCCAGUUUGGAGCCACAGCGAUAGGUGACCGCUCCACCACCACACUUCACCUGAUCAACUAUCAUACCGACCGUAACCAGUCAAAACAACCGGUCACUCCGGUGGUCAAAGACGCCCUGAUACCCAGGCUGUUCUCCUUCACCUUGCCUGAGGAUUCAGACAUCAGCAUCACACCGUCUGCAGGACGCCUGCUCCCUGGACAGAGAUGCCUGGUUCAGGUGACGUUCAGACCCAGACUGUCGGAGCAGGAGAUCAAAGAGGAGGCGCUGCGUCUCCUCCGCCGAGCCAAGCUGCUCCGUCAGAGGGAGGUGGAGAUGAACAGACACAUUGGACAGGAGACUAAAAAGGAGACGCCAGUGGAAUCCAGUAAAGGAAAAAAAGCAUCUGUGAGUCCAAAGAGCAGCAAAGUAUCAGACGAAUCAGAGACAGAACAACCAGCUGAAUUGCCAAAUCCUACCGACGUACAGCCGGGGUCAGAGCAGUAUGAGGAUGCCAGGUCCUCUCUGCUGUUCUCCUUCACUCAGCGCUACAGAGAGUACAUCAUCCCCUGCUUUAUAUCAGAUGGAGACCCCCCUGAGGAAGACAGACAAGCCCCCCCAGCAUGGAGUCCCUUCAAUACUCUCCACCUGAAGCUGCAGUGUCCUGCUGUCAAGCCCUCUCUGCUGCUGAUAUCCAACAGUGGACACAGGAACAUGGACUUCCAUCAGGUGGCAGUGGGAGAGAAAGUGAUUAAGAGGUUCACAGUUCAGAACUUUUCAAAGGGAUCUUUGGACCUGAGGUCAUCAGUGCUGGACAUACAGGGUCCCUUCUCUCUUCUUAAUGCUCUCAGAUGUUUAAGACCUGGGGAGAAACAUACUCUGGUUCUGGCCUUUAGUCCAACUCUGGAGAAAACGUACUGUGAGACUCUGGAGAUCCAGAGCCAGAAAAUGACCCUGGAGGUGACUCUGCGUGGGGAGGGUGUGGUCCCUGCUGUCACCUCGUCCCACCCUGGAGGUCUGCUUGACUUUGGCUAUGUGUUGGAGAAGGAGAGCACCUCACAGGUCAUAAAGCUGCAGAACAGCUCAGCAGUGGCUGUGGGUUUCAGGGUGCUGUUGGCCGGUGUCUGUCCCUCCAGGCCUCAGGGUGGAGCUGACAGGGUGGGCCUCCUGCUUGGCAGUUACACAGACCCUCAGCUCCAGCCUCCUGUGGGAACCCAGAACUACAGUGGGCUGAGUGUGUUCAGUGUGGUGCCAGCAGAGGGCAGCGUUGCUCCAGGACAGAGCCAAGACAUCACUGUCACCUUUCAGCCUGACCACCCGUCUGUUAACUACUCGGACAAACUCACUGUAGAGCUUAGGAAUAAGAAUAAAGUGUGUGUGGUGAGUCUGAAGGGUGCUGCCUCUUCACAUAACAUGUAUUUACAUGGAGGAGACCUGCUGACGGUGCCCAUCGAAUCCCUCCUCCCUCCACUGAUACCCAGUCAGACUCAGCUCACAGAGUCAGAGGUGGUGGAGAAGCCCAGUAUCCCUGUGUUAGUGACUCUGAGGGCUGGAUACAGCGGGGGCACCAUCACACCUGGGGUGAGGGAGCUGCAGGUGGGCUGCAUCAGCUCCACACAGCCCAGUAAGAAGAGUGGUGAGUUUCACUGGGACAAUGUGGCGUCUCUUCAGCAGCUGGGCUUCAGUGUGGAGCCCAGCAAAGGCAGCGUGGAGGCAGGACUCAAACGCACCAUCACUGUCACAUGGACCCCUCAGAGCGGGUACAAGCCGUAUGAGGUGGCGCAGACAUGUGCGUCUCUUACCUUGAAGGGGGAUGAGAGGAGCGUAUACAGAGUCACCUUCAUGGCUUCGGUCUCCACCACCUGACUGACCUCUACAGAACCUGGACGACAGCCAGUGAGGAAAUCUGCUCACACACUCACUGACACACACACAGAAACACACAGACACACAAAAUACACAAAGACACAUGAUGUAGUGUAUAUACUGUAUAUGUAACCUGCAUUAACUAAUUAUUAAAGGUGGAUGUGUUGUCUGAAAAUUUAGCUGUAACCAUUUCAUUCAGUAGCUGUGUGUAUAACACAGAAGAGAAAAAUUAGUUACUACAGAUUUCAUUUUGUUGGCUUUAUACCUUCUUGUUCAUUGCUUCAGUUUUAAAGAUUUUAAUAUAACACAAAGUUAGUAGUGUUAUUUCUUCGACACUUUACAUUUGCAUUAUAUUUGAACCAUUAAUAAAUUUUAAAAUAAAAUGGGCAUUACAAAAUAAUGUUAUUAAAUACUAACUCAUUCCCAUUCAAACAGUACACAGAUUGCAGUGGUUAUUUACUACAAGACAGAGAAUAUUACACACAUGGAGCUGAGAAAACAUUUAUAACCUACACAAGUAUUUGAAACUUUUUAUUUGCUGAAUAUAAUCUUACAUAUUAUAUUACUAUGGUAAUAUAAUGUGGUCAGGAAUAUGACUCUACAGAGCAGUAAAUCCUACAUUCAUACAAAAUAAUGAUGUAACAGUCUUUUAAUCCGUUUUUAUUUUUUCUGUUUGGUUUCUUACAAUAAAAAAAGUAAAGAAUUUAA